AGUUUAGAAAAGUGGGACAGGCACAGAUGUGGGGCCUGACGAAGUGUCCCACAACACAGGACAAGGAGGGCUCUUUAGACGAUGAACUGGUUGUCCUUGAGACUGCAAUGCUGCUAAAGCAGACAAUACAUUCGCAAUUGGCAGUCCAGACGGCGACGAGAAAGCUACAUCGCAUCAGCUGUACCACAGACAACAAGCACAAUCACCAUUUCUUCACCACAUAAGCGUUACCAACAUCACAUCUCUGAAAGUUACUCGGUCUGAAGUGUCUUGAAACAAUGUUGAUCAUCAUUCUGGGACUCAUCGUAGUUUGUGUUACCUUGCUAUGGACUUACUUCAGAAUCAAGUUCCGUCGGAUGAUGCAGCUAGCAGACAAAAUACCAGGGCCCAAACCACUGCCACUUAUAGGAAAUGCUCUAGAAUUUGGAACCAAUACAAAAGAAAUUUUUAAUAAUGUGAUUCGAUUGUCAAACGAAUAUGAAGCUAUAUCCCGCUAUUGGUUAGGACCUCAACUUUGUGUUCAUCUGACAGAUCCAGCAUACGUUGAGGCCAUUCUUUCAAACCCAAAACUGCUGGAUAAAGCAUGGUCAUAUAAAUAUUUAAAAUUGUGGCUUGGAACAGGACUGCUGACCGGUUCAGGUCAAAAAUGGAAGAGUCAUCGUAAGCUGAUCACACCUACAUUUCAUUUCAAGAUCUUGGAGACAUUUGUGGAUGCUUUUAAUUCGAAUGCAGACAUUUUGAUAAAACAAUUGUCAACUCAUGUCAAUGGAUCCGAGUUUGAUAUACAACCCUACAUAACAAUGUGCGCACUGGACAACAUUUGUGAAACAGCCAUGGGAGAAAGUGUAAAUGCUCAGGAAGACAGUGAUUCAGAAUAUGUCAAAGCAAUUAAAAGCAUGUGCGACUCCAUUAUGUUUCGGAGCUUCAGGCCUUGGCUUCAUGCAGACUUCUUGUUUGAAAUGACAUCUGCUGGGAAACUACAAAAAAAAUGUCUAGACAUACUACAUGGCAAAACCAAGAGAGUCAUUGCAUCUAGAAAAAAGAGAUUUCUUGAGACAGCUGGGUCUAGAAAUGAUACAUUUGAGGAUAAUGAAGGAAUAGGUAGACAUAAACACACUGCAUUCCUUGACCUUUUGAUCCAGUCGUCAGAAAAUGGUACUCUUCUCACAGAUCAGGAUAUCCAAGAAGAAGUUAACACAUUCAUGUUUGAAGGUCAUGAUACAGUAGCAGCAUCAAUGGGUUUCACAUGUUGGUCACUAGCAGCGUACCAAAAUAUACAAGAGAAAGUGAUGUCGGAGCUGAAAGAGAUAUUUGGCGAUUCAAAUCGAUCACCAAAUAUCCAGGACCUUCAGGCAAUGAAAUAUCUAGAGCAAGUUAUCAAGGAAUCUCUUAGACUCUAUCCGAGUGUGCCGUUGUAUGGUCGACAACUUACAACAGACCUGUCUAUUGGAAAGUACACUCUUCCAGCUCACACCAAUGUAUUCAUACUACCUUACGUUAUGCAUCGAGACCCAAAAUACUUCCCGGAUCCAGAGAAAUUUGAUCCAGAUCGAUUCCUGCCAGAAAACAUCUUGGACAGACCUCCACACUGUUAUGUUCCCUUUGCCGCUGGAGCAAGAAACUGUAUAGGUCAGAAAUAUGCAAUGCUCGAGAUAAAAGUAACAUUGUGUCAGCUGUUGCGGAACUACAAGUUACUGCCGGGCACUACGCCACUGGACAUUACAAAUGAGAUUGUACUGAAGUCUACAACAGGAAUAAAUAUUGCAUUGGAAGCAAGGGGGAAGGCAUAAAUUCCUGCUAGAAACAAAUGUGAAACAGAAUUCACUCUUAACUUCACGCUACAUAACUUUCCUUUCAUUCUGCCAUGCCAGAAUAAACAAUUUGGAAAAGUGUUAAAAAGAUAAUCAUCUUUUUUCCACAAAAGAAUAAGAAAAGUAUUAUUAUUUAACUAUUAACAGGAAAUAAGACCUAAAUUCAGAAACAAAUGUCGACGCCGACUGUACUGUAAACUGUAACUCCAGGCUAAGAGCAGAACUGUUAAAAUACGAAAUACAGGAAUUGAAUCCCGUCUUACCUUACACUGCCCGAGUAGUUACACCAACGUAUGCUGGACUGGAGCAGCAAGAAACAUUCACAGAACCUCAUGGCCUGAAUGUUUCUGCCUUGGUUUCAAAAAUCUGGGUGCUCCUCCUCCUUGUUGUGAGUCAGAGAUGCACUGGUCAAUUUAUUGAAUCAGAAUUGGUGAUCUUGUAGCAGCACAGCCUACUGUGCACCCAAGAAUUCCACUCAUCGUGCCACCUACAGGACGUAUUCAUAACAGACUCACUUGUACGUACCUCAACUGGAACAAACUGACUACGUUACACACUUUAAUCUUCACGGCAGUGGGAAGGUAUAUAAAAUCACGUAUACAAACUUUUAACACUAAAACACAGAUGCGUUUCAACCUCAUGAGGUCACAAUGCACUGCGUAUGAAGACGAUGUCCUGUUUGUAAUACCAAACUUUUGGUUCAGGAAUCUUCAUGGUUUGUGUUGCACACGAACUGGUAUAUUGUCCCAUUGAGUCGCCCAUAUGUGCGUCGUCGUUCUAUUCGAGACGGAGGCGUUCUUGUGUUGUAGCACUAUAUCCAAUUCAAUAUGUUAAUGGACUGGUUUUAAUAUGCCACUGAUGAUGACCUCAUGGGGUUGAAACGUGUCUGGCGUUGUGUUUUAAAGUGUUAAAAGUUUGUGUGAUUUUAUACGGUGAUCCGAUACUACACGGUACGCGAAGUUUUACGAUUUUAAGUGAGAAGUUAAGCUUGUUCUUGGUGAUUUGUCAGGUUCUAGAGGCAGAGAGUAUAAAAGUGACUGUUUUCACUCUGACGAUGUAACAACCUGUUUCCACAACAUUAUUUUGCUUUAUAUGAAUCUUAAGGAAGAAUCUUAGUUGAAGGUUUGUAUGAUACAAAGUAAGUUCUAAAAGAAUGGAUUCAAUAAUUUAAUUCUUCAUCCACUUACAAAUAUGUUCAAAGCAAAAGGAUAUUAAAUUAUCAUGGUGUAAUCUUAGUAAUUAAUUCAUAAUGAAAUAAGAUGUACACACUUUUAAGUAAUUGAUAUGUCAAUCAGUUUAAUUCACAUCAUAAUAAUGUCCAUUACUGUCAUUACUCAUAGCAACAUUGUAUCAGUCAUUAACAUGUUUACAUUGACACUUUGAGCAAAUUUUCAUCAGUACUAAUUGUUGAUGAAUAUUUCAGCUGUUGUAUAGUUAGGUUAUUGCACAGUUCAAGGACUUAGUAACAAUUGUUAAUUUUCCCGUUUCACAGUAAGAUGAGGGAAUUAAGGCAUUAAUAUUGAUAUGGCUAAUACUAAAAAUAAAUGUGAAGAAACAAUGGUAAUUUUCUCUAUGUACAUGAAAAUGAAAAAAUAAAAUUACACAAAAAUGUACAACCAAAUAUAAAAUGUAUGAUUAGUCAGAACGGAUUUAAUACUGAAAAAAAGGUAAAUCAAUACAGAGUUUUAACUACAAAAGCUAGUUUACUAAGACACUUAACAGACCAAACAUACCAGUGUCAGGGUAAGUUUGUGUCCAAAGGACGUUUCAUUUAAUACGAACAGAAGAAUAAAUGUUUAAAGAAUUCUGGUACCUUACCAUACGGCCACAACGUUCAAACAGCGAAAGAGCCAACUCACUGCAAUCAAUUGCACCAUCAGUGCCCACAGAAUUAAAGGAAUACAUUUACCCUUUCCCAUGUGGGAAUAAGGGAUUCAAAUCCCUGUAUUACAGGGUUGCUGGUCAAACUUAAACUCUGGGCUCAACAGUUUAGUGGUAUGAUAGUGCGAUAAGUGGUCGGCUGGAUCAUGUGUAAGCUGCAUAGCAUGGACUGUAAAGGUUAUAAUACAAGGAGUUUAUGAAUUCAAAAUUCAAUGUUACAAUGUAAAACCAAAGUUUCUGGACAUGUUUGAUUGAAAUUAUGACUUCCAAAAUGCACUGUAUCUGUUGUAAUUUUUCCCACAUGUUAAUUAACAGUUUUUGCUUAGGAGAACUGUAUUAAGAAUAAAGUUAAAAUAAACAAUGGGAGACAAUUUUCCUUGAUAUAAAAGUACAACUCAGCACUUUCACUUUUUUUUACAAUCACCUGAAAUACCAUUCAUGAAAAAUAACUUGCUUUCUGGAACUCUGAUGUUAACAGCGAUAUUUUCUCAUUGUAAAAUCACAGUUUACAACUUCAAUACAUAAGAAUCAAUCAGACAUGGAUCCCUGUCUAAAAUGUAAACUUCAGAAGAUAUUCCCAGAGGAAAGUUUUAAACCCGAACUAUAACAGCACAUACAUGCGGACAGAUGAUAUAAGAGCUACCUAAAGACACCACAAAGUCCCUCCUCAAUAACCCUGAUUAUUUUUAUGUGACAAUUGUAAAAAUUAAUUCAAUAUUCUUCUUUAGUAUUCAGUAUAAUAACAACAUUGUAUCUGCUCAACAAUUCAUUGAAUAAAUACAUUCAUUUAGUGUAA